AUGUUCACACCUCCAACUCCCUCGUCUGGAAAUAAUACCGAAUCAUCAUCCGAUUCAAUUUCAACAACAAUUUCAACAAACAAUAGGUCGUCUCCCAUUCCAUUGAAUCGAUCUCCUUCGAGUAGUUAUCAAGAAAUUCUCCUCCUGCCAACUCGGGUCUGUCACGUGUCAAUUCACUCAUUCAAGAGAAGUCUUCUCAAACAAGUUAUUAUUACCACAACAUUCACAACAUAUGCCAAACAAGUGUAUCAUCAACAACAUGUCAUGAUGACAGGUGGCAAUGACACAAACUCCUCUUCUCCUGUGAUUACUUCUUCUUCUCCAUCCUUUCCAAAUGAAGAUUCCAAUUUCAAUAACGAUCAAGAUCAUCUUUCGAAACGAUCCAGUUUUGGAAAAUCUCGAAAGCUCACUACUUUUAUUUCGAAAAUAUUAGGAUUGAAUCUUUCCAACACGGAUGGAAAAUCAAGUGUCACGUCCUCAAAUUCGAAUCGAUCGAAAACCAAUCGAUUAUUUAAUUCAGGAACUGAAUCCGAGUAUGGCCAUUGUCCAUAUGUACCAAUUAAGACUAUUAAUGGUGUUUCGAUCGAUUCAAAAGGAGACUCAAGACGUGAAAAUACUUUAGAAGGAUUGUUGGAUGAUUCUGGUGAUUAUGGUUUUGUGACCUCUUCCUAUCAUCAAUCAAUAGUUUUGAAAUAUGCACAUGUUUAUUUAUUCACAUAUUUGGAAUACAUGACGUCGAAUACUACCAAUAACAAAGUUUACUAUUUGAAAGAUGUGAAUAUUGAAUAUCGAUUGAAAGAUUCAGACACAUGGACAUUUUUGAAAACUAUUGAAGAAAAGGAUUUCAAGUUUAGUCCAUUAGUGAACACCAUUACCUUUGAAAAACCCAUCAAGGCCAAGGAAUGGAGAUUGGUUACCAAAGGACAACUAAUUGAAAUUGGUAUGCUUAGAAUCUAUGGAUACACUCCCUAUGUUCCUAUUCAAACAAAGAGUGGCGUUGUUCCAAGUCUACAGGAAGUAGCUGAACAAUCCAAACUUAAAUUCUCUGGCUGCGAUCAAACUAAUCUCGUUAAACCUGUUGCACUUUACACCACUGAUCAUAAGAAAGUAGAUAACAGUGUGAUCGAUGAGAUAUUACAAGGAAGUGGCACCAAUGGUUUUGUCACCGAUGAUUCCACACUUCAUCAAUGUGAAAUUUGUUUUGAUGGAGUUUACAAGUUUGCGCUUUUCACAUGGAAAGAACAUCCAAAGAUUAAGGAAUACACAAAAGUCGAUGGAAGAGGACGAAAGGAAUCUUCAACUCUUGAAGGAGUCGCAAUGAAAUACAAAUUGAACAGUAGAGAUCCUUGGAUACCAUUCGAAACAUUUAAUUGGGAGAUAUUUCAAUCAUCCUAA